AUUGCCACUGUCUGUGCUCUCGCGGCUCACAAACUACGCCGUCCGGUCAGAAUCUACAUGGACCGAAAAACGGACAUGACGAUCGCCGGAGGCAGACACCCGAUGAAGAUAACCUACACCGUCGGAUUCAAAUCGGACGGCAAGCUCACGGCCUUACACCUGGACGUGCUCAUCGAUGCCGGCAUAACACCAGACAUAAGCCCCGCGAUCCCGGGCAACAUGGUGGGGCCCCUCAAGAAAUACGACUGGGGGGCACUCUCCUUCGACAUCAAAGUGUGCAAGACGAAUCUCCCGAGCAGAUCCGCCAUGCGGGGCCCGGGCGAGGUCCAGGGAUCUUUCAUAGCCGAGGCCAUAAUCGAGCACGUGGCCUCGCUUUUAGAUAUGGAAGCGGAUUACGUGAGGAAGAGGAAUAUCCACACGCAUGAGAGUCUAAAGAUGUUUUACGGAGAGUCGGCCGGGGAAUUGUUCGAGUACACUCUGCCUUUGACUUGGAAUAAGGUGGGGCAGUCAUCGGGGUUUGAGCAAAGGAUGAGGGAAGUCGAGCAGUUUAACCGGGUUCAUAUGUGGCGAAAGAGGGGAAUAUCACGAGUCCCGAUUGUGUACGAUGUUUUAGUGAGGCCAAGUCCUGGGAAAGUGAGUGUGCUUUGGGAUGGUUCUGUGGUUGUGGAAGUUGGGGGGAUAGAAUUGGGGCAGGGGCUUUGGACGAAGGUGAGACAGGUAGCGGCGUAUGCUCUUGGUGGGAUUGGGUGUGAUUGUGAAGAUUUGGUGGAGAAAAUUCGGGUUGUGCAGGCGGACACGUUGAGUGUGGUGCAGGGAGGGUUUACUGUCGGAAGUACGACUUCUGAGUCGAGCUGCGAGGCUGUUAGACUGUGCUGUAACGUUUUGGUCGAGAGAUUGGCCGAGCUUAAGAAAGAGUUGGUGGAGGAAAGAGGUUCUGUGAAAUGGGGUGAUCUGAUUCUCCAGGCACAUUAUCGAAAUGUGAAUUUGGCAGCAAAUUCUUACUUUGUGCCCGAAUCAAGUUCUAAUAGAUACUUGAACUAUGGUGCUGCAGUAAGUGAGGUGGAGGUAAAUAUCUUAACUGGUGAGACAAUAAUAUUAAGAACAGACAUCGUGUAUGAUUGCGGCCAGAGCAUGAACCCAGCUGUGGAUUUGGGACAGAUUGAAGGGGCAUUUGUACAAGGGCUCGGUUUUUUCAUGCUAGAAGAAUACCCGUCCAAUUCGGAUGGUUUAAUGGUUGCUGACGGGACAUGGACAUACAAGAUCCCAACCAUUGACACUAUCCCUAGAGAAUUCAACGUCGAAAUAUUAAACAGCGGACAUAACCAGAAACGCGUCCUCUCGUCUAAAGCUUCUGGUGAGCCGCCGCUGCUUCUGGCGGCAUCAGUGCACUGUGCCACGCGGGCAGCGAUUAAGGAUGCAAGAAAACAGCUCAAGUCGUGGGGAGGAUUGGAAGGCGCUGAAUCGACAAUCCAGCUGGACGUGCCAGCUACUAUGCCCGUCGUUAAGGAGCUUUGCGGUCUCGACUCGGUUGAGACUUAUUUGCGCGAGUUGCUCUCCAACAGCCAAUAGCCCGUUGAAUAUUUGAAUAUUGCACGUCAGUAGA